AUGGACAAGGUCAUUUUGAAAAACAUGCGGUUCGACUUUCCCAUCGGCCUUGAUGCUUGGCGUCGUUUCCGCAAACCACAGCCUGUCCAGAUCACCAUAGAGGCUCAGCCAACGUCAACACUCGAGCCUGCUGCCGCCAAAGAUGACGUGAACCUAUCGAUGGACUACGGCAGCUUGUACAAAAAUAUGUCUGCUGCUUUGAAGGAGCCCCAUCCGGACGCGUUUCCCACAAUUCGUUCCUUGAUCGCUCUGCUUGUCGGACUGGUUCCAGAUUGCGGGUUGCUUAACAUUGAGAUUCUACUCCCAAAAGCUCUUCCUCAUAGCACCGGCGGCGUCCUGUAUCGUUUUCAGAUCGACAAAUCCGAGCUCGAGAUCGACACAUCCAGCUUGACUGUGACAGUCAGACAAAUAGCCUGUACUUGCAUUGUCGGCGUCAACCCCCAUGAGCGCAUCUACAAGCAGACGGUGUUCAUCGAUAUCAGCGUGCCAAUGGUCGACCCUGCCGUCGGAGUUGGUGCGCUGGAAGAACACUAUACUGCGGCACUACACGAUAUGGUGCAAACCAUCCGGGAACGUGUCGAAGGCUCUUCAUACCACACGAUCGAAGCACUUGCCACCGCGGUCGCCCAGAUCGUGACACUGGGCUACGGCCAUACGGUUGCAAAGGUCCGGAUUGAUAAGCCCAGCGCCAUCGCAACGAUCGAAGCAGCCGCUGUUGAGAUUACUCGCAGUAAAACGUUCUUCGAGAACAAGGACUUUUGGAAAGUCAAACUGCCGUGA